GCUGUAGAAAGAGUGAGAAAAAAAGAAGCUAGCGCUUGCGCAGUAGAGCGUAUUCCCUUUCUUCGCGCCUGCGCAGUCGGGCGGGAAGCCAGCGCGAGGGAGAGAAAGAAGCCGGCGCGUGCGCAGUCGCAGCCUCGCUCCCGUCUCCCCCCCCUCCUCGCGCCACUCGAGGCGCCUUCCCAUUGGCCGGCCUCUCGACGACGGUUGCGGCCUAGCGUUCUGCGCAGGCGCAGUCGUCCCCCCGAGUCUUCUCCGAGGUUCGACGCCGUUGUGAGGGGAAGCAAAAAAGCCGUUUCUCGCCGCCUGCCUUCCUUCCUUCCUCCCCUCAGCCGCCGCCAUCAUGAGCGUGGAGGCGUACGGGCCCAGCUCCCAGACGCUGACGUUCCUGGACACGGAGGAGGCCGAGCUGCUGGGCGCCGACACGCAGGGCUCCGAGUUCGAGUUCACCGACUUCACUUUGCCCAGCCAGGGCCAGACGCCGCCCGCCGCCUCAGCCGGGAGCGCGGCCUCGGCCUCCUCCGCCGCCGCCCAGGGCCACGCCGGCCCGCCCUCCGCCGCCGCCCCGGGCACCCUCGACGCCCAGGUCAAUGGUCCGGAUGGCAUCCUCCAGAACGGGGCUGUGGAUGACAGUGUGCCGAAGACCAGCCAGCUCCUUGCCGAGCUCAACUUUGAGGAGGAUGAGGAGGACACCUACUACACCAAGGACCUCCCUGUGCACGCCUGCAGCUACUGCGGCAUCCACGAUCCAGCCUGCGUGGUCUACUGUAACACCAGCAAAAAGUGGUUCUGCAACGGGCGUGGGAAUACCUCUGGCAGCCACAUUGUGAACCACCUGGUGCGGGCCAAGUGCAAAGAGGUGACUCUGCACAAGGACGGCCCUCUGGGCGAGACGGUCCUGGAGUGCUACAACUGCGGCUGCCGCAACGUCUUCCUCCUGGGCUUCAUCCCGGCCAAAGCCGACUCCGUGGUGGUCUUGCUGUGCAGGCAGCCUUGUGCCAGCCAGAGCAGCCUGAAGGACAUCAACUGGGACAGCUCCCAGUGGCAGCCGCUGAUCCAAGACCGCUGCUUCCUCUCCUGGCUGGUCAAGAUCCCCUCGGAGCAGGAGCAGCUCCGGGCCCGGCAGAUCACCGCCCAGCAGAUCAACAAGCUGGAAGAGCUGUGGAAGGAAAAUCCCUCUGCCACCCUGGAGGACUUGGAGAAGCCCGGCGUGGACGAGGAGCCGCAGCACGUGCUGCUCCGCUACGAGGACGCCUAUCAGUACCAGAACAUCUUUGGGCCGCUGGUGAAGCUCGAGGCGGACUACGACAAGAAGCUCAAGGAGUCUCAGACCCAAGACAACAUCACCGUGAGGUGGGAUUUGGGCCUGAACAAGAAGCGGAUCGCCUACUUCACUCUGCCCAAGACGGACUCAGAUAUGCGCCUGAUGCAAGGAGACGAGAUCUGCCUGCGGUACAAGGGGGACCUGGCCCCACUCUGGAAGGGGAUCGGCCACGUCAUCAAGGUUCCUGAUAACUAUGGCGACGAGAUUGCCAUCGAGCUGCGCAGCAGCGUGGGGGCCCCCGUGGAGGUGACCCACAACUUCCAGGUGGACUUUGUCUGGAAGUCGACCUCCUUCGACAGGAUGCAGAGCGCCCUCAAGACCUUUGCGGUGGACGAGACCUCCGUCUCGGGCUACAUCUACCACAAGCUGCUGGGCCACGAGGUGGAGGACGUCAUCAUCAAGUGCCAGCUGCCCAAGCGCUUCACGGCCCAGGGCCUGCCGGACCUCAACCACUCUCAGGUGUACGCGGUCAAGACCGUCUUGCAGCGGCCCCUCAGCCUCAUCCAGGGCCCCCCCGGGACCGGGAAGACCGUGACCUCGGCCACCAUUGUCUACCACCUGGCGAGGCAAGGAAACGGGCCCGUGCUGGUCUGCGCCCCGAGCAACAUAGCCGUGGACCAGCUGACGGAGAAGAUCCACCAGACGGGGCUGAAGGUGGUCCGACUCUGCGCCAAGAGCCGCGAGGCCAUCGACUCGCCCGUCUCCUUCCUGGCCCUGCACAACCAGAUCCGGAACAUGGACAGCAUGCCUGAGCUCCAAAAACUGCAGCAGCUAAAAGAUGAAACUGGGGAGCUGUCCUCUGCCGACGAGAAGCGCUACCGGGCCCUGAAAAGGACAGCCGAGCGGGAAUUGCUCAUGAACGCGGACGUCAUUUGCUGCACCUGCGUGGGGGCCGGCGACCCACGGCUGGCCAAGAUGCAGUUCCGCUCCAUCCUGAUCGACGAGAGCACCCAGGCGACAGAGCCCGAGUGCAUGGUGCCCGUGGUCCUGGGGGCAAAGCAGCUGAUCCUGGUGGGCGACCACUGCCAGCUGGGCCCGGUGGUGAUGUGCAAGAAGGCGGCCAAGGCGGGCCUGUCGCAGUCCCUCUUUGAGCGGCUGGUGGUGCUGGGCAUCCGGCCCAUCCGCCUCCAGGUCCAGUACCGCAUGCACCCCGCCCUCAGCGCCUUCCCGUCGAACAUCUUCUACGAGGGCUCCCUCCAGAACGGCGUCACCGCAGCCGACCGCGUGAAGAAGGGCUUUGACUUCCAGUGGCCCCAGCCGGACAAGCCCAUGUUCUUCUACGUCACCCAAGGCCAAGAGGAGAUCGCCAGCUCCGGGACUUCCUACCUGAACAGAACGGAGGCCGCGAACGUGGAGAAGAUCACCACCAAGCUGCUGAAGGCCGGGGCGAAGCCGGACCAGAUUGGGAUCAUCACGCCGUACGAAGGGCAGCGCUCCUACCUGGUGCAGUACAUGCAGUUCAGCGGCUCCUUGCACACCAAGCUCUACCAGGAAGUGGAGAUAGCCAGCGUGGACGCUUUCCAAGGGCGGGAGAAGGACUUCAUCAUCCUCUCCUGCGUCCGGGCCAACGAGCACCAAGGCAUCGGCUUUCUCAACGACCCCCGGCGCCUCAACGUGGCCCUGACCCGAGCCAGGUACGGCGUCAUCAUCGUAGGGAACCCCAAGGCUCUCUCCAAGCAGCCCCUCUGGAACCACCUGCUCAACUACUACAAGGAGCAGAAGGUGCUGGUGGAAGGGCCUCUGAACAACCUCCGAGAGAGCCUCAUGCAGUUCAGCAAGCCACGGAAGCUGGUCAACACCAUCAACCCGGGGGCCCGCUUCAUGACCACCGCCAUGUACGACGCCCGCGAGGCCAUCAUCCCCGGAUCGGUGUACGACCGCAGCAGCCAAGGCCGCCCCUCCAACAUGUACUUCCAGACCCACGACCAGAUCGGGAUGAUCAGCGCCGGGCCCAGCCACGUCACCGCCAUGAACAUCCCCAUCCCCUUCAACCUGGUCAUGCCGCCCAUGCCGCCCCCGGGGUACUUCGGACAGGCCAACGGACCCGCGGCCGGGCGGGGGAACCUGAAGGGCAAGGGUGGUCGGGGUGGUCGGCAGAAGAACCGCUUUGGCCUCCCGGGCUCGGGCCAGUCCAACCUGCCCAACAGCCAGGCCAGCCAGGACGUGGCCUCGCAGCCCUUCUCCCAGGGGCCCCUGACCCAGGGCUACAUCUCCAUGAGCCAGCCCUCCCAGAUGAGCCAGCCGGGGCUCUCCCAGCCAGAGCUCUCCCAGGACAGCUACCUGGGUGACGAGUUCAAGUCCCAGAUUGACGUGGCCCUGUCGCAGGACUCGACGUACCAGGGGGAGCGCGCGUAUCAACACGGAGUGACCGGACUGUCACAGUAUUAAAAGGUCGAAGGAGAAGAGCUAAGCUUGCGUGGAGCUUAGUUCCACCGCGUUUUAUUCUGGGUCAUACAAAAAAAAAAUUAAAAUAAAAUGGAUACCUGUUUUCCACUGCUAAAACUGAAGCAACUCUUGUGAGAGCAACAAGAGAGAGAAAGGUAGAGAGAAAAGAGAGAGAGGAGAGCGACAUCAACGGAGAGAGGAGCGAGAGGAGAGGGGAAGGAAGGAGCGCGUGCGAAGGAGAGAGAGAAGAAGAGGAAAGAACGAGAAGAAUAAUAAUAAAAACACAACACAAUAAAGAGCCCACUGCUAGCUCACUGAGACGAGAGGAGACUCAUGACCGGAGACGGGAAGCUGAGCGCCGGAGGAGGAGGAGGAGGAGGAAGACGAGCGACCGGCUGGCGGCUGUCCGUCCGUCCGUCCGUCCGUCCCUCGGAGAGCGGACUCUCGCCAUCAGAAACACCCCGAAGAGGCGAGAGAGAGAGAGAGAGAAAGGAGAGAAAAGAGAGAGAGAGAGAAGGACCUUCGAAGCAAGAUUCACUUCACGUUCCGUUCUUCUCAUUGUUGCGAGCAGGGCUUUACUUUUCAGAGCAGGGGCGGGAGAGGGAAGCGGGGGGAAAAACCCUCCAUCUCAGAGUUGUUUGUGUACUUGUCUCUCCCUUUGUCUGUAUUUUUAUUUUCCCUUCCUACUUUUUAUUUUUAUUUUCUUUUUUUCCGCUCUCGACCGGCACCCAAUUCUGAGACGGAGCGGUUUUGGGCAAUUUAUUAUUUUUAUUUUCAUUUUUUGCCGAAUCUCGCAUUUGCGAUUUUUAUUUUUGGCGAAUCUCGCAUUUCCGAUUUUCUUUUCUGGCGAAUCUCGCGUUUGCGAUUUUUUUUUUUCGCGUUUGCAAAAUUUGAUUAUUUUUUUUUUUUUGGUGAAUAGAUGGAGUGGUUCUUUUUUUCUUUUUUGGUCCCCCUUUUUUUUUUUCAAGGUGAGAGAGAGAAGUGCUGGAUAUAUAUAUAUAUAUUUCUAGAUCCUUUUUUUUUGUCUCUAGAAUGGUAUCUCGGGAGCGGAGCGGGUGCGGGACGGAAAAGAAAACCCUUGUUCUGAGUAAGAAAAAAAUCUAUAAAUAUAUCUCUACGUAUAUAUAUAUAUAUAUAUAAGAAAAAAGUGUGCUGCUUAACUUUGAGAACACUCUUUUUGGGGCGCGAUUUUGUCCGAUCGUUCGGCCUUUUCGGCCGCCGCCGCUUUCUCGGUUCUGAUCGGCGACUUCUUUCUAGGCUCUGCUUUCGGGGUUUUUAAUUUCCCUUUCCCCCGCUCCCUGCUGUUUGUUUUCUCCUUCCUUUUUCUGUAAUGCUUCACAAAAAGGUAGAUCAAGCCGGUCUUCGGCCCUGAGCUUCGCUGGGUUAGGGGGGUACGUUUUUCGCGGAAAGCGAGGCGGGCGAGAAACUAUAUCAGUUUCAAAGUCAGGUAGUUAUUGUGAGGAUAUGGGGGUGAUUUUAUUUUAUUUUUUGCGGGAAGGAGAAAUUGAAACAGCCUGUCGACGGAAAAGAAGAAAACGCCAAUGCGACAUUCAAGUGACCAAAAAAAGUUUUUAAUUUUUUUAACCCGCAUCGUAAAUCUGCAUUUGUACAAUCCGCAUCGAUAGCUUUCUUCAGCGAGAACACCGACAAUGCCUCUGAACCUCGUCCUCGGCCCUUUUCGUGUUUUGUACGAAAAUUGUCCGUGAUAUUUUCCUCGCGGAGGAACGCGAGGUUGACGUUUCGCGAAUGUAAAACAAGACGACGACGGCGAAACCCUAGAGAAAAACGAAAAGACCCUUCCAUCUGUCCCAGAAAGGCGGGAUUCCGGAUCCCGCUCGGAAUAAAGUACAUAGACUCUCCCGUCUGUCCCGGAAUGACAGGAUUUCGGAUCCCGCUCGGAAUAAAGUACGUAACACAAAAAACGGGAACGCGAGGUUAACUUUUCACGAAUGUAAAACAAGACGACGACGACGAAGCCCGUCCCGCUCCCUCGAGCAAACGAAAAGACCCUUCCGUCUGUCCCGGAAUAACGGGAUUUCGGAUCCAGCUCGGAAUAAAGCACGUAAACCGAGACUUGUUUUACAGCGUGACGUCGGGGCCGUAGCGGGAAAAAAAAAGUCUCCAGGAUUUGAACGUCUCCGGGAAACGGGAACGUCCCGCCGAAGGGCUGCCUCUUGAUCCGGACCGUCGGAGGGUGACCCCCGUCCUCCGCCCGCCCCGCAGGUAGGCUGCUGCUGCUUAGGUUGAUUUUAUUUUAUCUUUUUGGAGAUAGGCUUUGAAGCGAUAGCCGCCUUUCCUUCCCCCUUUCCCCGUGAUUUGACCCACUGCCGAUUAAAUGUACCCCCUCCCCCCCCCCCCCCCCCCCCCCGGUUCCCUUCCCCGACCCCUCCCUCGAGUUAGCGACGCUUGCCUCCGCUUUGCGCCGGGUUGCUUCCCUUCUGUCGCGAGUUAUUCUUUUUCUGUUUGGAAACGGGAAACGGCACCCGGUCGCCCCCCCCACCGCGCGGUGUCGGAGCUGGUUCUUACCCUCCCCCUUUGGUCCCGAUUUUUGUUUUUUAAACCUGUUUGUCAUCAACUUAAUAAAGAGCUCUUGCAUUCAC